UCAGGUCAGUCAGUCAUCAGUGAGAUUUCUUUGAGGAAGCAUUUAGCAUUUGAUAAAGUAUCGAAAGUUUGAUAGUUUUGUGUGAUGUGCGACGCGUUUACAGAUUAGUAGAGCCUAAUUUUUAGCGUUCAGAUAGGUAAAAUUAGCAGUAUUUUGAUUAAAUCGUUCGCAAAGUCUCUACCUAGAGCUUUAUUUUUUACGGAAUAAACCAAAAGUGCGCAGUAUCGUAUGUGAAGGAAUGAUCGAAGUCUCAUACUGGUGAGCGAAUACGAUAAAGAAAAUAAAAUAUAAUUUUCCAGUGUGCAAGUGCAGGAGCUAAGUUUUAAGUCCCAGUGUCGUUUACCAGUGCGGUUUUGUUUGCACUCGUCGGAAAGGAAAAAAGAAAUCAAAAUGGCGCGUCCCCGUUGGUGUUCUAUCGUUUUGGCGAUGAUACUGCUGCUGAUGAUGGAUCUGUGUGGCAAGGUUCUAUCAGUACGGCACGGAUUUCCACCAGACAUUUUGCAUGUGGAUUAUGGCGAAGAAUCGGCGAUAAGACGCCCGGUUGUGGUUGACGGUCCUCUGUCACCGAAAGAUCUCACGUCCAGUCGAUGGAAGCGCAGCCCCGCAGGAACCGGUUAUGGUUCAUCAGCUACCGGCGGUAGUUCAAUGUCUUCUAUGACGUUGCCGAUCAGCAGCUCUGCUAAGGAUGGUAAAAAUUCGAAUGAUGUGAUUGAUGCUAAGGUGAAUAAAUUAAAUGACUCACAUGCCCAGCUGAUCGUGCAUUGGCUCGGCGAAGGAACGAGUGUGAUGAUUUGUUUGGCACGUGAGCCUCCAGCUGAUAAUGAUGCAAAAGCGCCACCCCCGCAACCAUCUAGGAUAUUCGUUUCAAAGGAUUACGGUGACACAUUCGACGAUCAGACGGAGAUGUUCGAGCUUAAUAUCAAUGGAACUGCUGUGAACUCAACGGUGGAGCAGUUUUUCACUCAUCCCAAGUUCAACACGAUUGUGUUCACCGAUCCACGGAAUAAGGCGAUAUUCACUUCGGAAGACUACGGCAAUUCCGUUACGGUGCGAAUGCUAAAUUUUACACCUUCUGACGUUACGUUCUAUGAGGCGGACACGAAGAUGAUUCUUAUACUCGAUAAAAAGGAUCCGGAGCGAAAGCUGUACUAUACCACAGAUUUUGGCGCUUCUUUCACACUUCUCCAGAGUUAUGUAAAAUCCUACAUAUGGUCCUCCGGAGAAGGAGUACCCAUUCACCUCUACGUAGAGCGUAAGGAACCAACAAAUACAUCCUCCGUCAUAUUUUACAACGCGUCCAACCUGCGUAAAAAUAUCAACCAGUUCAACGUUCUGAUUGAGAAGGUAGAAGAUUUCCACAUCAAGAAGGACUUUAUGUUUGCGUCACAGCGACUGCCCAACAACACGCAGCUGUUGAUCAGCUACAAACGAGGCAAAUUCGUGAAAGCCGAUUUCCAAACCGAGCUGGACAUGAAGGGUUACCAUGUGGCCGACGUGGACGGUAGACGUAUUAUGAUUUCGGUGGUUCACACGGAACGCAUCUCCCAUCUUUACGUGUCGGAGUGCAAUGCGGAUAUGACGGAAAUCAAAUUUGUACCCAGCUUGGAAAAUGUUUUCACCUAUAUGCCGGAACUGAACUGGAGAUCCAGUUGGUUGGUUCAAUCGUCGGAUGGAGCUUUUACCGAUCUAUAUAAAGUGGAAGGAUUACGAGGAAUCUAUAUUGCAUCGAAAAUCAAUAGAAUACCGCUGGGUGAGACAAUUUCUCCCGACUCGUUGGUAUCGUUGAUUACGUUUGAUCAUGGUGCUUCGUGGAAACCAAUCACUGCUCCCACGACGGACGACGACGGUCAACCAAUUCAGAACUGUGUGAAGGAUUGUAGCUUGCAUUUGUCGCAAAAAUUCAGUUCACUGUACCCGGUAACAAGAUCGGUGAGCAUAAUGAGUUCCAAGUCGGCACCUGGCGUUAUUAUGGCAUCCGGAGUUGUGGGCAAAUCGCUCAAAGGUCAUCCGGGUGUCUACAUUUCACGCGAUGCCGGACUAACAUGGAAGCAAAUUUUGAAGGAUUAUCAUUUCUUCAAUAUGGGUGACCACGGUGGAAUUCUGGUGGCGGUAAAAUACUUCAAAUCCAAGGGAGAAACGAACGAAAUUCUGUACUCAACGGAUGAAGGCGAAAAGUGGAUGUCAACACCGUUCCACUCUACUAAUCUGAAAGUUUACGGUUUAAUGACCGAACCGGAUACUAAUACGACUAUUUUCACACUAUUUGGAUCGGAGCAGGAGGAGCACAAAUGGCUUAUUAUAAAGGUGGAUUUGAAAAAAGCAUUCACUUCAAACUGUACGGAAGACGAUUACAAAUUCUGGGCUCCUGCGGCCAACACAAGCGAACCAUUUAUGCCGUGUAUUUUGGGGCUACAAGAUACCUACCAGCGACGAAAACCUCAUGCCAACUGUUACAAUGGAUUGGAUUACGAACGACCGAUAAGGCAACAAGUAUGUUUCUGUAACAGCUGGGAUUUCGAGUGUGAUUUUGGAUUCAGCCGCAGUGGUUUUAUGAACAGUCCCUGUAUAAGAAAUAAAACGGUAGCAAAUUAUGACCCAUAUGCCAUUCCAGCCAGCUGCAAGCCUGGCGAAUAUUUUAACAGAACCAAAGGCUAUCGUAAAAUUGAGGGUGAUGUUUGUAUAAAUGGAUAUUCCUCGCAAUUCUUACCGCAAUCGAUUCCCUGUCCUAUGGAGGAAAUUGAAGAUUUUCUAGUAAUUGCGCAAAGAGAUAAAAUUUCGAGAAUCAAUCUGAAUAAUAAUUAUUCACGAGAUGUGUUCCCGGUGACUGGACUUAAGAAUGUCAUUGCCAUCGAGUUCGAUAAGAAACACAACUGCGUCUUUUGGGCAGACAUAAUGACCGAUGUAAUUGGACGACAGUGUUUGAAUGGAGAUCAAGCGCCGGAAUUAUUAAUCGACAGUGGGCUCUCGUCGGUGGAAGGGAUGUCCUAUGAUUGGAUAUCUGAGAUGCUAUACUUCGUGGAUGGAAUGCGAUUAAAGAUCGAGGCUGUUAAAACUACCGCAAGUCAUCUGGGUCGCAUGCGACGUACCAUAAUCGAUGCGCCCAACUUAAAUAAGCCCCGUGGUAUCGUAGUACAUCCUCUUCAGGGGUAUUUGUACUGGACUGACUGGAAUGCACUGCGACCUUCAGUCUCCAGAGCGAAUCUUGACGGCCAGGAUGUGAAAGUGCUUUUCACAAAGCCGGAUGUGAUUUGGCCUAACGGUGUUACCAUCGAUUAUAUUGCUGAACGGUUAUAUUGGGUCGAUGCGAGUAAGGACUACAUUGCAAGCAGCGAUUUGAAUGGCAAAAACUUUAUAAAGAUCUUACAACAGGACUCGCGUGUGGCGCAUCCUUUUGCGGUAGCUGUUCUGAAAGAUAUCAUGUACUGGGAUGAUUGGAAAAUGAAUUCGGUGUAUACUGCAGAUAAGGACCAUGGCAUAAUGAUUAACGUGAUUGCGGAGGAUAUGAUGAAUUCAAUGGAUUUGAAGAUAUACGGUCAUUCUGUUCAGGAGGGUUCAAACGCCUGUUCCGAUGGAAAUAAGUGUUCGCACAUUUGUGUUGGUGCUCCGAAAGGUGCUUACAGUUGUCUGUGUCCGGAUGGGAUGGAGAAGAAUGCUCAAGGUCAGUGCUUAUGCCCAGGUGGAGUGACACCCUUCGCAAACAAUACCUGUGCACGGUCGGGAAGUACCUGUGGAUCGAAAUUCUUCGAUUGUAAGAACGGCAUCUGUGUACCGUUGAUUUAUAAAUGUGAUGGCGACGACGAUUGUGGCGACCGAUCGGACGAAGAAGGUUGCCCUGCUGAUAAACCACCAUGCCCACCGUAUAUGUUUACUUGCAAAUCGGACAAACAAUGUGUUCCGAAAUAUUUCGUUUGCGACUACGAUCGUGAUUGUUUGGACGGUUCCGAUGAACAGAAUUGUAAGCCUGCCUCUUGCAAAUCAGACGAGUAUACCUGCGGAAAUGGACGCUGCAUUAACAAAAGCUGGUUGUGUGACGGCGAAGAUGAUUGCCGUGAUGGUACCGAUGAAAAUCAAUGUCAUAAAAAUAGUACCAUCGUUGUGGAAUGCAAACCGGACGAAUUUCGUUGUAACGGAACGAACACCUGUAUUCCGAAGCAGUGGCGCUGCGACACCGAGCACGACUGCAACGAUGGUUCGGAUGAGUUUAACUGCGCUAAAAAGGAAUGUGAGGUGUGGAUGUUUAUGUGUGAAAGUGACAUGCGCUGCAUUUACAGAACGUGGCAAUGUGAUGGAGAAAAGGACUGUAAGGAUGGAAGUGAUGAGAAGAACUGCAGUGCAUCGACGGAGGUGCCAAAGAAACCCGGAAUCAAUUUCUUACCGGGUGAUUCCUGCCAUGAUUGGAUGUUCAAAUGUGCCAAUGAUAAAUGUGUGCCAUAUUGGUGGAAGUGCGACGAUGUAAAUGACUGUGGGGAUGGGUCGGAUGAAGCAGGAUGCAACUCUACGCGACCGAUGACUAGUACGACACUGAAACCGGCUCCAACGCGGAAGAAGGAGCGAAGCUGCGGCUUACACGAGUUCCGUUGUGAUACGGGGGUAUGCAUUUCGAAACGAUUUGUUUGUGACGGGUAUGAGGAUUGCACCAAGGGGGAGGACGAAGACAACUGUCCGUCGCAGAAGCAGUGUAGUAUUAAACACUUUAAAUGUCGCAGCGAUGGUAUGUGCUUGCCGAUGGAUAAAUAUUGCAACAAGGUUGUUGAUUGCAUCGACGGAAGCGAUGAAGAUUGCACCUUUAAACCAUCUACGCCGUCUAUCAAUAACUGCACAAACAAUCCCGGUGUAUUUACUUGUGAUAAUACAUGUUUUGCUCUAAUGGCUCUGUGCGAUGGAAAGUCGGAUUGUUAUGACGGAACUGACGAGGAAAACUGUAAAAAAAUGAAGACCAAACAUUACCAGGUUACUCAAAUUGGAGUUGAUGAGCGUUCGUUAAAUUCCACAAGUUUUCUGAUCUUUUGGUGGAUACCCCUGCCGCGGGAGGUCACUUUCGAAUAUCUUCCCUCAAUUUACUAUAACGGCGAGUGGAAAAAUGUAAGCAACUGGAUCAAUCAAACCGACUAUCGAUUCACAAAUUUGAAACCGUACACACUGUACAAUGUAACUACGUACGUACGCGUGAAGAACCAAACCAAGAUUACUCCGCCAUACAUUUAUUAUGAGAUCGCUACUAGCGAAGGAAUUCCGAGUGUUCCUCUAAACGUGUCGGUGACUCAAAAUAACGGGUCUCGAAUCGAAGUCAAGUGGCAAGCUCCGAAGGAAGUAAACGGACAAUUGCAAGGAUACACCAUAAACUACCGGUCGCAGUCGAAGAACGUGGGUCCUGCGCAGAACGUAAAAGUCGGAGCGACCGAAACCAGUGUUAUUAUCGAAACUGAAUUUAAACCAAACAUAGUGUACGAGUUUUGGGUAAAGGCUCGCAACGGGAAACACGAGUCGAUCUCUUCGAACAUGGUUCAGCUCAAAUUUGACGGCACAUCAAACAUCGAGAAAAUAAGCAAGAUAGAUGUGGUCAAUAUUACGAAAAAAUCAGUCACGUUAGAAUGGAAACCGGUAAACCAUGCUGAUGGUUACAUGAUUCAGCCGAUUCUACCUCAAUCUUAUCCCCUGUUGAAUACCAUUUGGACAAAGAAUUCCACGGUUACGUUGGAUAAUAUGGUCCCCGGUACUCAGUACGUUAUUAAAGUUGCGGCUUACGUAAAGCAGUACGUUGGACGCCAUGAAACUACCAUUGUCUCGUUUGGUGGAGAUCCACUUCCUGCUGUUCAAUUUAGAUUGAAGGAACAGACGCAAAACUAUUCCUUAAUUGAAUGGGAUGAACCUCAAGGCAGUUUCGGUAGACUAAUUUACGGCAUCUACUACGGAACAAAUAUGGACCAGUUGUUUGAAGCAUCCAAAGUUAAUACCACUGCUACUAGUUACAAAUUGACGAAACUGCGACCUUGUGAAGCGUACGUCGUUAGUGUUGGCAUCGUUGGUCCCAUCGGACCCGGUCCACUGGGGCGCAAUCCCUUGAAACUUGAUACGCCUUAUAACAACACAUUGCCACCAAAGGAACUAACAGUUGAUAUUAGCGAAACUAGUCAGAUGUACUCAGAAAUGAUUAUUCAGUGGAAGCAUAGCUGUUCGCUGGAGUCAUCGUCCUAUCCUAAUUACAUUAUCUCCGUGCGGGAGUUGACGAAAAACAAAAUCUCACUGGUGAACAUAAAAUCGUCAGCCAACAAAACGCUAGUGCACGUAUUCCGCAGUAUACCGCGAGGAGCAGCCUACGAAAUAGGUGUUUCCACCGAUGUACCAAAUGCCCAAACCGUGAGCACGGUUGCCUAUUCCGCUCCUCUACCGGCACCGGUACGGUUGGAUGUAUUGCUCGAGGCUAAUGGAACUUACGUCGUGUACUGGAAGCCGGUCAAUGACUUCAAGGAAAUUGAGUUUAACUAUCAAGCGGUUGUAUACGAAGGUAGAGGAGUCAAUACCUCCAUUCCACCAUUGAUUGUCAUCGAAGCCAAAGAACCACCAAUUUCAAUAAAUCCGGAUCGACUGGCUGGUUUGAAAGCUAACAGUCUUUUUACGGUUGGCGUAAGGCUCAAAACAGUAGAUGGCUUUUUCUCCGACAUAGUUGAGAUUCAGUCGUUUUCUAAGCAAAGCUUCCAGGGUCUAGUGCAAGAGUCUUCCUUUUCAUAUGCAUGGUUGUGGGUCAUUCCUACGAUCAUCGCAUUAGUACUCGCGCUCACGGUAGUGUACGUUGUGCAAAGGCACCGGCGCUUGCAGAACUCGUUCAGCCGCUUUGCCAAUUCACAUUACGACACUCGGACGGGUGCCACUCGCAUUGGUGAUAGUCUGGAUGACGAUGAACAUGAGCACCAGGAGGUGCCGCGAAGCUUCUCCGAUGAUGAGCCGUUGGUUAUUGCGUAAAACAUCUCACUAACCGCCGGUUUAGUUGAGAGGAAACUAUAUCAGUAGAAGGAAAAAACGCUUGUGCAACAACCCUGCUCAUACAGAACAAGAAUUCUGAUGCAAAUCGAUAGGGAUUAACAUUACACGCGAACCAUGUUUCCUAGUUUGAAGCUAGGUUCGUUUUGUCUGUGAAAAUAAUUAAACAAUUUUAAGUAUAUAGUGCUAGUAGUAAUGCAUGUGUAAAGUCCUAAGAACAAAAGACUUGUAAUUGUGUAUUUAUGUUGAUUUAAUUUUGAUAGUUUUAUUUAAUUGCGUUUUACUGUACAUUUUUAAGCUGUUUUCUUUGUAUAGAAGAUUUCCUGUAACAUAUAUUGAUAAUGGUAUGCAUCCGGUAUCAAGUAAGACUUUAUGCAGCGCGCGAGAUCGAACGGACAAAAUGAGUGAAAGUGUGGCACAAAAGAGGAGCAACUUCUAAGGCACACAGACCAAGAAACAAAGAUAUUAAAGAAAGUAAGAAUUCAAAUCUAGAGAAAAUUGAACGCUGUAGUCGAUAAAACGAUCGAAGAAGAGACAAAUCCGCUUUAUCGGUACAACAGAAAUACUGACUAAAGGCAUUUGUUUUCUGCCAAGGAGAAAAAGCACAUCCAUGUUAAACUUGAAACCAGUCGUGUAGUAAAAGCAAUUCAAAGAUUAUUUUUAAUAGGGUCAUUUUAUCGAACGAAAGCGUCUUCAUAGGGAAUCGGUUUUGAAUUAAGAGAAUUUACUGUUAAUGUAAUGUGUUUCAGGUGUUUUAAACAGUUACAACACUAUCUCCUAUAUUUUUUCAAAGCUUUAAACUGUUAGCAAUGAGUUUUCUUCUGUUCGGUACGAGAUGUAGAACGAAUUCAUAAGAGUUUCAAAUGAUGUGCUAAAUGUAAAUGAAAAUUAACUAUGAAGACAAAGAUUAAUGAUAGUAGAUAACAAUAAUGAUACAUUAUUAUUAUUUUUAUUUUUAUUCAAUAAGCAGAAGGCAUGGUAUUGGCAAACAAAUGUUUGGAUUGUGAUUUUAUAAGUGUUUUGCGUAAGAUAAAGUGAACGAUAGAAAUAAUAUAAAUUUCUGCGAAACGGCUGUCCCGAAUCAACACUUUUCCAAUAGAAAACUUCUUCCUGCUCGAUCGGUUCGGUUGUUUAUGUUUGCCUUUUGUAUCUACAGAAAUGAAUCGUUCCAAAAAGUGAAACUAAAUGAUAAGUAGUGAAAGAAUAAAUAACCUUACGAAUUAAAGUAUGAGUAAUAAUUGUAUUGGUAAAGCGUAGAAUUGAGAAGAAAAACGUCGUGGGAAUAAACUCUCAAUACCAAAUA